AGAGGCCCGCCCCCGGGUGUCCCCUCGAGCCCGGCGCUCCGGCCCCUCCCGGCCAGCGGAGCUGAGAGCCGGCGACCAUGCUCCGCGUCCCGCGGGCCCCGCUGCUGCGCCUGCAGCUCGCCCUGCUGGUGGCCGCGGGGGCCGGGGCGCGAGUGAGCGCCCCGCGGAGCCUGGCGUGGGGCCCGGGGCUGCAGGCCGCCGCCGUCCUGCCCGUGCGCUACUUCUUCCUGCAGGCGGUGGACUCGGACGGCCGGAACCUCACUAGCUCGCCGCCAGGUCAAACACAAUUCAAAGUGGUGGUAAAAUCCCUUUCACCCAGAGAGUCGGUCCGAAUUUAUGCCCCUAAGCCUUUGGACAGAAAUGAUGGAACAUUUUUGGUGAGAUACAGGAUGCAUGAGACUGCCCACGAAGGCCUCAGGGUAGAGGUCCUUUAUGGUGGUGAGCACGUGGCUCAGUCUCCCUAUAUUUUGAAAGGACCCGUGUAUCACGAGUACUGUGACUGCCCAGAAGAGGAUCCUCAGGCCUGGCAGAAAAUUCUGUCUUGUCCAGCCACGGAACCACAGAUCGAACAAGAUUUUACUUCCUUCCCCAGCAUCAAUCUCCAGCAGAUGCUGAAGGAAGUCCCCAAAAGAUUUGGGGACGAGAGGGGUGCUGUUGUUCAUUACACAAUUAUCAAUAACCACAUCCACCGGAGAUCUUUGGGGAAAUACACAGACUUCAAAAUGUUCUCAGAUGAAAUUUUGCUGUCCCUGGCAAGAAAGGUCACCCUCCCAGAUUUAGAAUUUUAUAUUAACCUUGGAGAUUGGCCCUUGGAGCAUCGGAAAGUCAAUGACACUCCCAGCCCUAUACCUAUCAUUUCCUGGUGCGGCUCCUUGGAUUCAAGAGACAUUAUCCUUCCGACAUAUGAUGUCACCCAUUCCACACUUGAAGCGAUGAGGGGUGUCACAAAUGAUCUCCUCUCUGUUCAGGGAAAUACAGGGCCUUCCUGGAUCAAUAAAACAGAGAAAGCUUUCUUCCGAGGUAGAGAUAGCCGGGAAGAGAGGCUGCAGUUGGUACAGCUGUCCAAAGAAAAUCCACAGCUGCUAGAUGCAGGAAUUACAGGAUAUUUCUUUUUCCAAGAGAAAGAAAAAGAGCUUGGAAAAGCCAAGUUGAUGGGUUUCUUUGAUUUCUUUAAGUUCAAGUACCAGGUGAAUGUGGAUGGAACGGUGGCUGCCUACAGGUAUCCAUAUCUCAUGCUGGGGGACAGCCUGGUUCUGAAGCAGGAUUCGCCAUAUUAUGAACAUUUCUAUGUGGCACUAAGGCCUUGGAAACACUACAUUCCCAUUAAAAGAAACCUCAGUGAUCUACUAGAGAAGGUGAAAUGGGCCAAGGAAAAUGAUGAAGAAGCAAAGAAGAUUGCCAAAGAAGGCCAGUUAACUGCGAGGGACCUGCUCCAGCCGCCCAAACUUUUCUGUUACUAUUACAGAGUGCUACAGAAAUACGCUGAGCGCCAGGCCAGCAAGCCCAUGAUACGUGAUGGAAUGGAACUUGUUCCCCAGCCGGAUGAUGGCACAUCCGUUUGCCAGUGCCACAGGAAGAGGCCUGAGAGGGAAGAGCUUUAAGGAGACCUGGCUUCACACUCCUUUGUAUGCUGGCUGCAUCUUAAGACUUGUGAAAGAUGCCAAGCUGUGAAGAAACAGGGGAUCCUGACCUGGUGCAUCAGGCUCAUACCUCUAAUCCCAGCACUCUGGAGGUGGAAGCAAGAGGAUUUCUUUAGUGCAAAGCCUGCUUAAGAUAAGUGGUGAUUUCUUGGCCAGCCCAGACUACCCAGUUGGAUCUUAUCAAAUAGCCAAAACAGCUGGGCAGUGGUGGCUCACACCUUUAGUCCCAGCACUCGGGAAGCAGAGGCAGGCAGAUCUCUGUGAGUUCAAGGCCAACCUGGUCUACAGAGUGAGUUCCAGGACAGCCAGAACUGUUUCACAGAGAAACCCUGUCCCAAAAAACAAAACAAACAAAAAGCCAAAACGAAAAAGAAAUGCAGAGAGAUGCUAAGCAUGUAAUCCCACGCUCAUGAGGCUAAGGCAAAAAGAUCGUGAAUUUCAGUGUUACCUGAUACCUUUGGGUAUUCAUUUUAUUUCGGGUGAAAACUGCCCAUUUGAGCAUCAUGGUAGAUGAAAGGACUUACGCAUCCCCUGGGAAUCUGUGGGUGUCACAUUUACUGGUUUGUUUCUAUCUUUUGUUCACUUGCUUUUACGUCCAGUGGUGGAGGGAAAGUGUUUGGGGAGGUUUUAGUUGCUCCUGCCUGGGUAGUUUCUCCUCUCGCAAGCUGCUCCGGAUGCAGUGAUGGCAGCUCUGCUGUCUCCUCCUCCUGCUGGAAGCUCUGAUGAGGUUAGCUAAGGAGGAGGCUGCUGUUUAAGGUGCCGUGGAGAUGGUGGAGGAACACACUGCACCGUUUAAGUCUUUCCAGCUAAGUUUUUGCCAGAGCUUAAGACAGAAUCAAGGGGGAAACUGUACCCUACCCUGGUGAGUCACAAUCUGUUUGGGUUGUACACCUAUUAAAGACAGCAUAGCUAUUAAUGUAGAUGGCGGCUCCCGUGGCUAUCUUUAUCCUCUAUAUACUAGGAAUAUAAGAAAUUACAGUUGUCAACAAGAGAUAGUUAUUCUUUUUGUCCUUCCGAAAGAGUCCUCGAAAACUGCUAUGCCAGCUUCAGGAAGCCUCAGCAUCCCGGGAUUCUCUAAUAAGCCAAGGAGAGAGGCAGCUACUCAUCCCUGGAUCCACAGACAGAUGGAAAGAGCCUCCUCUUUCACUGGGUUGCACCGUUAAGAUAAAGGCUUUGGCACUUGCCUCCGAGGGUCGAGAUCUAAGUCUCAUACCAUAAAUUCACGUCUAAUUCCUCAGAGCUCCAUUGAUCCCAGAUGCAGUUCAUGACAGAAUGCAAUCUAAAACAAGAUCUCCUGGAGUAAUUGUGCUCCCCAAGCUGGGGCAUUCGUUUGGUCCUAUCUGUUCUCCCGAGGACCACUAAGAACACGGGAAUUUGUAAUUGUAACUAGGCCACAGGAAUGUAUCAUCAAGCCAAUUACCCCAUCACCCAUUUAAAGCCUACCCAUGUAGUAUGAACUAAAGGACAAGCCGUCCUGAGGCCACACCCUGGUGCAUCUGAGACUAUCUUCUGUUGUACAUGGAGGAUAGGGCUUUAUCGAAAUGGCUUAUGGAAAGAGAGACUGCCUCCUGUUUCUACCUCUGUAACCCCAGGUCCAGAAAGCAAAUGGUGGUUUGGUGUAGACACAUUGAGUCUUUAGAUUGAUGCUGUCUGGUGACGGACCGUCCUAACAGUUCAAAGCGACUUGAGACAGAUGGGCGGUUUCUAUGGACUUGUCAGGGCCUCCCGAGCCUCAUUUUGGAGCACUGCACUGGAGACAGAGUCUUCAACGUGAACCUGCAGGGAACAUUUCUCAUCCAAACUGUAACGAGUCUGUCAAGAAAUCUAGAUAAUCCUCCAUCUCCCCAGCUUGACCACAGCCUUUGAAAUGAGUCUUACGCGGCUUUUUGGUUUAUUAGCUUGAAUAUAUCUUAGUGAAAGAAACUGGAUUUUAAACCCUGAUUCUUUCCCUUCACCUAUUACCCACAAUAUCCAUGAGCCGCUUUUAAUCCUGAAAUUAUUAUUAAAGUGUAUCUGGCUUCAGAAGCCAUGGAUUGAGAGAGAGUGAAGGAGACUGCCUGGGGAGGGGCUGGAGGGAGAUUUGAAUUUCAACAAAAGUAUUUUUAAGCUGACUUUUGAAAAGAGAGGGAUGUAAGGGUGUAAAGAUACAGCUGUGUUCAUUUGAAUAAACUGUCAACCAUGCCUGUGGCUUCAAACACUCUCAGUGGCCGUCACUGGUCAGUAGUGAAUGCUGAUGAGCGGAGGAAUUGAGGAGACAAGCACACACCACUGACGAGAACAAAGAGUUCUAACCAUGCCGGACUGAGAGCUUCCCACGAUGUGUCCAGGAAGGACCAAAGGUAGAAGACACAGAAUGUGAAAACCUUUUGCCAAAGACAAAAAGAAAAUGGUUGAGUGUGAGGGACAAACUGCCAGUGUUGGGGAAGGUGGAGAGAAGGGAAAUGUUGCUUUAUACCUUUUUUAUAAUAUUUAAAUUGUUUUUUAACUAUGGAUAUAAGUCAAGUUGUACAAUAAAAAUGUCAACCUGGUAAAAGAGGAAAUCCACAGAGGAUAUAAGAAGGAAAAGAAAAUGAUAUUAGUGUUUUCCAUGAUGCCAUAUUAAAAACUAUGUCUAGAAUUUUGUCACGUGGUUUUAUUAUAUACUCUUUUUUAAAUAAAGCAAAUUUUCUUAA